GACUUAUAGCACUUUCUUUGACUACGGCGUUACCAUUGGCAAUCGCUGCUUUUCCUCAAAAGGCGGUCAUUGAUCCACUGAAAUUAGAAUCGAUGUUCUGGGAUUUGAAGAAUGAAAAGGGGCAGCAAUUACGACGCGUAUUUUUCAAUAAAGGAUUAUAG